CACUGCUAAGUCAUCAAAAUUUUGGGAUUGCAUGCAGCCUGAGCCGGCGGGCGCCAUGGAUGAUGCAGGGAGUGCAAAAGCUGCUCAAACCAGGCUGAACAAUUUUAAUAAUACUACUAUGUAAGUGAAGGCGGUUUGGUUGCAGCAACAUGCCCGCACAAGCGCUUCCACCCUUCUGCUGCUGGCUCUAGUUGACAGCUGAUUCUGUCUCGCUUUGCGCUAAAGCGACUUCCCGGCCGUGGUUCGUUGUGCAGUUUGCAAGAUGGCGCAGUCUUUGGUGCUGAUGCAGGGUGUGCAAUGCUGCCCGGCGCUGGCGCUUAGCAACCGGACUCAAAGACAGACACCUGCCAUGAACCGGCUGAUGCAAAACCACGGGGUUACUUGUCCUAUGCAUAGACAUGGCAAACUUUCAAGAAAGAUGAUGUCUGCUGGUUUGAAGAAGUGGCGCAGUUGCUCUAAGGCCUCUGUGAUAGCCGCACCACCAAUCAGAGCCAAGUCCAGUGAAAGCAAGGAAGAGUCAGCGUCUAUGACCAGGAAUGCUGGCAGCAGCAGAUUAUCACAAAGAAUACUGAGUGCUACUUUGGCAGCUGCGCUAAUUUUGUUGCCAGCAGAUGGGGGCAACUCAACGAAGGCAUAUGCAUCAAGCCCUGUGACCCUGCCCCUGGCUGCUGCCGUGACGGAGACGGUCAGCGCAGACUCGGCGGCAGACCUCUUUGCCCAGCUGAAGGGCUACGAUAGCGCAGAACAUGAAGCCAAAGCGUCAGGAAAGGUCGCGCCUCCUCUUAAAGCUAGCGGUCAAGACCCCAUAACGGCGGCCGUCGAGUCUGUCAAAGUCGCUGAAGAAUUGGACGUCACUAAACUGCCCGAGGUAAACGGCCCCGCCAAAGUGAAUACGGCAAAGGGAACACAAAAUACUGAGACCCCCGCAAGUACAUCAAAGCCGGAAGUUGCAGAUGGCGCGCAAUCCAGCGAGGGGCAAACGAGAGUGGGGGGGCUUUUGGAGCGCUUGAAAAAGGGGGCAGAUGCAGGACGGUCAGGGAUCGCGGGAUCGUUGGCGGAGUCAAAGCAAUUGCUUGGAGCGGGAAGAUCUAAAGUCGGGGAGAUCGUUGGGCGCGUAAAAGAGGGCGUUUCGGAUAAGAUAGGAGGAGGUAAACUUGCUCCAGAGAGUUUGCCGGUGGAAUCCAAGGCAGCGCCGGCGGAAGCAAGCGGGUCACCAGGCGGGUUAAAGGACUGGUUUGGCAGCUGGACUGGCGGCAAACCCAGUGAGAGCAAUACGGAAUCCAGGGGUUUGUUUUCGGGGGGGUCGCAAACAGCGCAGCCCCCCGCGAAACAGGCGAGAGGAUUCUUCCAGGCUAAGCCCCCCCCAAAGGAAGAGAAGACGGGGCUAGCGGGGACGUGGCAAUCGCUCACAAACCUGGAUUUCCUUCCGGACAACGUGAAGGGGGGGGCUUUGACGGUGAAGAGUGCGGUCAGCUUCGUACUGACGGUACUGAGUUUGGUACUAUCGGUGUUUGCCAAGGCGCUCGGAGUGGCGGCGGAUCUGAUCGGGAUCAUUGCACGGGGACUGUAGAGACUGCGGUCAAAGAGAACGGUGUAAGAUACAAAGAGAUUCAAUAAGGCGCACCUUUUGAGGGUAGACCUCGAAGUCAAACAACGAGUGCUAGCAAAAUGCUGGGCUCCUGAACGCAUAAGUGACCAGAAUAUAAUGUGCGAACCUCGUAAUUAAAUAGUCUAUGCCCGCGUCCAAGCCAGUCGUCCAGGGUCAUUGUAUCAUACUUAGGCGCAAACAGGGCUACUGUACGGCUUGCGUUGUCAUCCAAGCUGGGCCAAGGCUACCAUUUAUACGAUUAUGACCAGCUCCCUUUCAUUUUUGAUUGAGUGAGACCAACAAGGUAUAGAGGCCGUCGUACUUUGCGAUGAGAUGCAGGUGGGAUUGCACUUUACGCUAGCCGCCGGUUAUAAGGGCCAAUGAUCAUGUCGGAGGCAGUAUAUACUGGCCUGCACAUGUAGGUGAAGUCUGAGGUCUCGCCAGGAUUCAGCAAUUGUCGGCCGCCAGUUUCUAAGGUACUAUAUAACAGUGUUGUAUGCAGGUUGAUAAAGACUGCACG